AUAUUUUUUUAAGUUUUUAUUUAAAGUCCAGUUAAGUUAACAUGCAGUGUAAUAUUAGUUUCAGGUGUACAAUAUAGUGAUUCAACACUCCCAUAUAGCACUGGAAAUGAUCUCAAGUGCACUCCUUAAUCCCUAUCACAUAUUUCACACAUUCCCUCUCCCACCUCCCCUCUAGUAACCAUCGGUUUGUUUUCUAUAGUUAAGGGUCUAUUUCUUGGUUUGCCUCUCUCUCUUUUUUUCCCCUUUGCUCGUUUGUUUUGUUUCUUAAAUUCCACUAGAAAGGCAAAUAUCUUACAGGUGAUGACACCAUUGCUGCUAAGACAAUGAUGAAAAGGCAUUUACUUGGAUUGUUGAAAAAAUUUGGAAUUCAAUGGGAAAAUAUCUAUCAACAUGUAAGAUGCAAGAACCCUUUGAUUCAGCAAUCCCAGUACAAGGAAUUUGUGCUACCAAUGAACGUACAAAGGUUUACCAAGAAUCACAACACACACACACACACACACACACAAACACACACACACAGAUGUCAGCUGCAACAUUGGUGAUAUUAGAAAAGAAGAAAAGAAAGGGGAAAAAAUAGAAACAACCAAAGUGUUAAUAAAAGAUUGGUUAUGGGAUAUUUAUAUAAUUGAAUGCUAAUUAUAAUGCUUCCUGUAAAAGAAUAUUUCUGACAUGUAUUCAUGAUGUAGUAUUAUUGAAAAAUCAAAAAAGCAGCUUAUAAAAUAAAAUUUGUGGAAGAUUCUAUUUUUUUGGAAGAUUCUAUUUUUAUGAAAAAAUUGAUAUGCAUAGUAUUUCUACAUUGGAAAAAGAAUGUCAAGAAAUACAACAUAUAUGCUUUCCUGUCAUUUACCUAUCUUCUGAGAGCAUGUACAUCAUUUUUAUAAUCAGAAAAAAAAUUACCUAAAGUUUUCAACUUCCCGAAAGAAAAGAGAAAGGCAAUGAAACAAUCUGUGCCCUUGUAUGAUCUACAUUGAGCAAUAAACAGUACCUAGAGUCCAUGUCAUAGAGGUUUCAUAAAAAUUAAUGAUUAACUGAGUAUAACUCAUUGAAAUUGCUGCAGUUAAAAUAAUCUAAAAGUUCUGUUUAGGAUUUGGCUGUGGGAAUAAAAUAUACUCCCACUCAUUCUAACCCAUUCAACUAGCACUAUUUACACUGCCUCAUUCAUCAAAAGCUGUCACCCAAUGUUGCUUAAUCCAAGUGUGUAUAUAUAAGUGGAGUUGAAAUAUAACUGCAUCAACUACUAUCAAAUGUUGAUGACAAGAAACUUCAUCAUUUGAGAGCAGCCCUUCACGUUUAUAACUAAGUAUAGAAAAAACUGCUUCAGAAUUCCAAAAUCAGUAAUACCACCAACAAAAAGCUCAAAGCCUGAAAAAUGAAGACGAAAAUGGAGUAUUCAACCACCAAAAUCUCCCCAGCAAAGAUGAACAGCUCAGCAGGCAAGGCUUUGGUAAAAUCUCCCAAGUUGGGAAAAUCCCAGCAGAAGGCUGAAGAAGUUUGCCAAAUGUACUUUAUGCAGCUACGUUCUGGCCUUAUAAAAAAGACAGCCUGUUAUUUUAAGAAAGAAACCACCAAAAGACAUUCAACAAGAAGAGCUGGAAAGUAUAAAGAACAUCUAGUAUUCACUGCCCGUCAUCAGCAGCUGGAACGGCCUGUGGAGGGCUUAGCCUUUGGUGUGCCUAUGGUCCAGAAAUGCUUUGGAACAACUGAUGUUCCAAGUAUCCAAGAAUAUUCUGCUUCCCUGAGCACAUACAAUGAUCAAUCUAUUACUUUCGUUUUUGAGGAUGGAAGUUAUGAGAUCUAUGUAGAAGACUUGGGAAAAGACCAAGAGAAAGGUCAUGAUCUCAGCGCUCAUGGGAUUGAGCCCCAUGUCAGGCUCUACACUGACAGCACAGAUAAGGUGUUAUUCCGUUAUUAUGAUUUCCAAUCUCCCUCACGUGAAACAGGUGAUGCUGAUGAUGGCCAUACGUUAUUGGUAAAUCUGAGUCCUACAAAAGACAAAGACUUCCUGCUGCAUGCCAAUAACAAAGAACACUCUGUGGAGCUACAAAAAUGUAAAAAACCAUUGCCAGACCAGGCCUUCUUCCGCCUUCAUAGGAAGUCUUCCAAAUGUGUUUCAUUUGAAUGUAAGAAUGACCCUGGAGUGUUUAUAGGAGUAAAGGAUAACCACCUUGCUCUAAUUAAAGUAGAGGAUCAAACUGAGUAUUUUAGUACAGAGAAUAUCAUAUUUAAACUCUCUUAAACUUAAUGUUAUGGAAAGCUGUGGAUCUUGUGUUGGAUAACUCAAAUAGCUACCACUGGAGAAAUGAUCAAGAAAUAAAGAAAGAGGUAACAUUCAAGGGAAAUGGAGGGUACUUAGUAUGCUAUGGAAUGUUUUUCUCAUUAUGUGUAAAUACUUUUUUAUGGUCUUUCAUUUCUGCAUUUUAUUUCCUUCUGUAUCAUUACAUAUUCAAUAGGGUAUUGCUAAAGAGACCUCAGAAGAGGUACAACCUGAACUUUAAUUUUUUUCUACUUUCAGUACAGAAAGAACUUCAUAUUUAGAGCUGAGACCUCUGGGGAGAAGCAAGGGCCUUAAUCCAAGUCUCAUUUUAGACAGGGAUCCAUUUUAAAGAGCUACAUAAAGACAUAAUUUUCCCUGGUUCCAAACAAUGAGUUCAAACACUAAAGCUAUUGGUGAAAAGACAACCAAAUCUAUUUGGACUGACCAUUUCACAACUGGAAUAAAACACCAAAUUUGUUUGAAGAUGUCCAAAACUUCAGAUACCUACCUACAUAGGUAGGCAGAUAAUAUAAAUAUAUGAAAUGACAAAGACAGUCAAAACAUUAAGAAAAAUAAAUCCAGUAUUUAGAAAGUAAAUAAUUUUACCUCUAAUUGUUUGUAAACUGCUGAUUUUUUAUAGACUUAGUUAAGUUUAAGCAAAACAUUCUUAUAUUAGGAAAUGAAAUAAAUUUUAGUUCAGACAUAUAAUUGAAAUCAUUAGGAAUAUCCAACAAAUUAAAACGUUUUUUUAAAAGCACUGAGACACAACUUAUUUUAGGACAUCCAAGUACCAUGGGAUCCAAGUACCACAGUGAAUUCAGAAAUCCUCUAAUCUACUAAAGCCUAGAUAGGACACAGGAUUAACAUCACAAUUUCAAUAACUGACUCUUCCUGAUGUUUGUAGUAUACAAUGUCCUUCUGACCCUAUUCUCCAGGGAUCUAUGACUUUUGAUAUACAUAUCACCCUGGACAAAAUUUCUUCUAAUACUUUCUUCCCAUGUAUACAAAUGUUUUUCUUGUCCAGCUUUCCGAUUACCCUACUUAUUAUGGCAUAUUUGUUUGACUUUUAUUACUUCUUUAUUCUUUUGACCAAAUGUGUUCUUGAUAUACCUUUUGUGACUCCUGAGCUUCAUUACAAAUCACCUGCUAUCUGGAUGCCAUCUUUAUUUUACUUCAUCUAUCUGAUGUUGUAGAAUUUCAUAUAAGCCUAUUAAAGAGCAAUAUUUUUUUAUUAAAUAUCUUUGCAUUUUACAUUACUAAGGUAAUAAAAUUCAUACUCAACCAUAUAAUAAGAUUUUUCAACUACUAAAGGAAUGGUUUUGCUGAUUUUAAGGCCUUAAUUCUACUAUAAUUUUUCCUAGGCUUAACACUGACAGUAAAUGAUAAAACUAAUGACAAUACUUAUAAAAUGCAACUUUUUCUGAAAGUGUAGGCUUUUUAAUUUUUAAUUGUUGAGAUCUAUUAGAUUAUAAUGCUGGUGGAACAUAAGAUUAAAAAGGCUGAGAAUUACUGUGUGAGGGUAAGCAAUUAUAAACAAUAAUAAAUCUUUCAUUACAUUGCCAAUUUUAUUAUUUUUUUGUAUAUUGUUUCAAGUUUCUUUUUUUUUCAAUGUAUGAAGUUUAUUGUCAAAUUGGUUUCCAUACAACACCCAGUGCUCAUCCCAAAAGGUGCCCUCCUCAAUACCCAUCACCCACCCUCCCUCCCUCCCACCCCCCAUCAACCCUCAGUUUGUUCUCAGUUUUUAAGAGUCUCUUAUGCUUUCAUUGCCAAUUUUAUUAUGGAGACAAAAAUAAACGCAGAAUCUAUAUCAUCCGCUCUGAAAAACACUAAAUGUUAAUCAUAUGCAUCUCUAUGAUAUACUUAAAAUUAUUGUUUUUAAGUAACCAGAUAUAUCUAUUAAAUUGUUUAAGUUCUUGAAUAAAUUGCAUUUUUCAAAAGUC